AUGUUUCUCAAGCGACGUGCAGAUAAUAGAGAACGUCUUAGUGAAUCAAGUCAUAAACUUAGUCAAGAAGGAUUUCAUCAAGAUACAUGGACUGGUGAAGGUGCUUGGCGUAUUGUUCAUCGUAUUGUAGGUUCAAUUGUAUUAGCACUUGGAUUAGUAAAUAUAUCAUUAGGUUUUUUUCUUGCUGUAUUACCAUUACUAGUUUGGGUUGUUUGGUAUAUCUAUAUGAGCCUUCUUGUAAUUGGUCUUAUUGUAAUGGAAAUUGUUGCACUUCGUCACGAACGUGAAUCUCCUACAGGAGGUUCACUACAAAGACCAGAAAAACGAGAGGAUCCCAAAGGUACAUCACAGACAUCAUUAAAAUAUUCAGAUGAACCACUUCAACAACAACAAUUAACAGCAUUACCAUCACCACGUCGUAAUUUUGGUGGUAUACUACCACUUGAACGACCUACACAUGGUACUGGAAAUUUGGGUGAUGAUAUGGUCCCAUUAAUAUCUCAUCCAAAUCAUCAACGACCAAUACGUUUUGGUGAUGUUAAUGCAUCAAUGAAUUUAUCAGAAUAUCGAAUAUCUACAAGAAAUAGGAGUAGACCAGGUGAUGUCGGACGCUAUGUUGGUUUAACACCAGAACAGCCGUUGCCAAUUAAUAGUUUAUUUAUUUUUUCUAUUGUUAUAGAUGAUCGACCGAACAGCAACAAGGCGAACACAAUCUCACUCGAGUUAGGCUCCAAUAAACAUUUAGCUACACCUAAUUCUCAAUAUAUUAAUUCCGGACAAUAUUCUUCAUCCACAAUUCGCUCAGGCAAAUUUUCAUUAUAUCGACGAAAGUAA